UAGUUCUUGCGGUAACCGCAAAGAGAGUGGGGGUCAAGAAUAAUCAUCAAUAACAACUCACGUGGAUUUAAUGUUGUUGAAUGUAAAUCUCUGAGAGAAUAUGUUAAGUAUAUAAUUUUAACAAUGUUUAAUACAUUUGAUGUUAAGAAAGUGAAAGAAAUAUUAAAAAAAGAAAAUAAUUUUAUUCAAGAUAUAUUUUCAAAAAUGCCUCUACCAGUUGUGAAGCAAGAUCCUAAAAUAAAAACAGAAUCAGGAGUCCAAAAGAUUUCAACAUUACCAAGGACUAAACCAGUAUUUAAUUCUGAAGGUCACAUGGUGUUUAGUAAAUUCGAUUUUUCAGAAAUCGGUACUAAACACAAGCCCAAAAAGUAUAAAAAUAAAAAACCAACGAAAAUUUUAGAACAAUUAAAUCAAAAGAAACGAAAAUUUAAAGAAUUAGAAGAAUCUGGAGAUAAUGAACAUGUAAAAACAUUAAAAGAAAAAGAAUCAUGGACAAAUGUUAUUGCAAAAGCAAAUGGAGUAAAAGUUAAAGAUGAUCCGGAAUUGUUGAAACGUACAAUAAAGCUUGAUGAACAGAAAAAAAAGAAAAGUUCAAAAAAAUGGGAAGCAAGGAUAGCAGCUACAGAGAAAGCUAAAGAAGAAAGACAGAAAAAACGUCAAGAGAACAUAAUGAAAAGAAAAAAGGAGAAGAAAUUAAAUAAACUAAAAAAAGCAUCGAAAAAAGGUCGAAUAAUUCCCGGAUUUUAGUAUUAAGUUUUAAUUAUAAGAUUUCGAUCUUUUAGUUGUGAAUAUGUCAGAGGAGAUUGUUUAUAUUUCUAUAUUAUUUUUUAAUCAAUUUAAUCUCUAAUAAAAAUAUUG